CUUUUUAUUUCGGAAUUGCGCGCUAUUCUAAAAUAAACUCGUUCGCGAUCCGCUCAGGUCAAAUUCUGAUCUAUUCUGCAAUCUCUCUCUCUAUCCGGAUAGCUCUUUUCUUUUCGCACCAUUUCCCGUUUUAAACUGGUCGGUUCAAGUCAGUGCACCGUGUUAGAUUCCCCUCGAGCCAAGAUGGAAUCGCCACCAGCUAGCGCUAAUAACGUGCUGCCGUUGCAGCAUCAACGUACUAAGCCAGAAGCCGAGACUGCGAUAUUACUGGAUCAGCAGCCGGAUGGAAGUAGCGGUGCUACUAACAACGGCCUCACCGGCGGUGAAGCCGUAUUGAAUUUUGCGGCUUCAGUGCCGUCGGCAAAACGAGCCGCCAAGCGCUGGAAGGAGCGCAAUCGUACAAUGGCCGCCACUCGCGGAGGCAAACCAACGUCCACUGGCAUGAAAUCGACGACUAUGCCAUUGAUGGUGGCCAAUAGUCUCAUGUCACCGGGCAGCACGUUUGUCCUUUGCGACAGCCAAUGUGUUGUGGAAAUUAACGCACCGACCGGAGUUGUCAAUGCUGAGCCAUCGCUGCAACCGCAGCCAGUCUUUAAGCGUCGUUGUUCGCUUACGAUGCCUUAUCCGGCCCUCUACGGAUCAUGGCAAGUUCAAACGGCAUCACCCGUCGCCGUGACGGCCCCACCGGCGUCCAAAACGGAAAAGGGCCGGCAAACGAGCACGUACGAUUCACCGUUAACCGAGCGGAAGGCGCAGGCCCAACGGGCGGAGCGCAAAACUCUUCAGCGUAGAUGGUCCACUUUUCAAAUGAAUGUUGAUCAACUGCAUUUGCAUCAACCGCAUUCAGCGCCCAGUACAGAGCCGCCCGUCUUGAGUGUUUUGCCGAUGCUGACUCGUGCCCGCCCAAGUGGCGGAAGGGCACGCUCCGGUGACGUCAGUGCCACCAUUGACGAACAGACGGAAAGCGAAAACUGCGAAACGGCCAUGACCGAAAUCAAUGAAUCAUCACCAGGAGAAGGGCAGCGUAGAAACAUAUCCGAAAUCCCGCGCUCCCUUACCCUUUCCAAUCAAAGAUUCAACAACAACGCGAGUCGCGCGACCCCUGUGGAGGACGUUGACACUAGCCCGUCUGUAGUAUCAUCUUAUUUGGGCGAAGACAGUUGCCAUCAACUAUCAGCCAUCCACUUGCAGGAUGUGUCCGGUUCGACGACGGAGAAAGACCUAGUUUCUACGGCGCUUGUAGCCAAUGAGGAUGACGAUGAGGAUGAAGAAGAUGAAGAUCUCCAUUUGAUCACGUGCACUUUGCAGAGACUGCCACUCAAGGAUUUCGGGGCCGAGGUGAGACCAGCUGUGGACAUUACGCAGUUUCUCCAGCAGAGCGUCCUCCUCCUUGACGUCACCGAGAACUCGCCGUCCGACCUGGUCGAUCUUUUGCUCAGCAAAAUGGUCCCGUCUGUCGCUGAGGAGGCUAAGAUGAUCCUCUUCACUCACGAUACAGUGCCGAUGCUGGCCAGGACGAUCCAGGCGACGUGCACCAACGACAGCGGAACUUUCGACUACGAUCAAUCCUGGAUCUGUGCCCUAUGCAAUCUGCCGACACUGACGCGACGCCACGUCGGCAUCGUCCGCCUCAAGCAUCCGGCCAAUAUGGGACACACGUGCCACGAAGUCCGGCUCUUCGUCUUGGUCCUCUGCCCCAGCAAAGAGAAAGGGACGAAGAACGCGUUGGAGACGGGCCGAACAUUUGCCACACUUUUAGCGGACAUGGACCUUCGUCAGCGAUUGUUAGAGGCCCGCACCGAAGAAGAAUUCAAACGGAUUUUGUUGAAACAUACGCAAGAGCUAGCCGAGGAGCAGGCCAUCUCCAUCCGAGUGGAUCAUGGCAGUGCAGCAAGACUCUCCACCGGCGGGGAAAGCAGCGAGGGCGAAAGAUUGUGUAGAUUCGGGCAGGGCAUCAGAGAGGAUCUUGCGCGACGUUUGCCCCAUUACGUCUCUGAUUACAAAGAUGGACUAACGGGUGUGAAGACACCCCAAAAGGUCCUCUCUACCACGCUCUUCCUCUAUUUUGCCUGCAUUCUUCCGGCCAUCGCUUUUGGCGUUUUAAACGACCACAACACUCACGGGAAAAUUGACGUCAAGAAAGUCAUCAUCGGUCAGACGAUCGGCGGCUUAUUCUUCUUCGUCUUCGGCGGCCAGCCACUGCUGAUCCUACUCACCACGGCGCCACUCUCCCUCUACAUCAAAGUGAUCUACAGUAUUUGCGAAGACUUCCAACUGGAUUUCUACGCCAUGUACGGCUGCGUAGGUCUUUGGUCGUCCUUCUUCCUCGUCCUCUACUCGCUCUUCGAUGUUUCGCGCCUCAUGCGAUGGUCAACCCGAUCCACCGAGGAGAUCUUUGCCCUCUUCAUCUCCAUCGCCUUCUGCGUCGACGCCUUUCGCGACACCGUCAAAAAUUUCCAAGAGAAUUAUAACGCGCCGUCGUGUAAAGGCGAUUCGUUACCGGGCAACCUCAGCAGUAAAACUCGCGUUGACACGCCCACUAAUGCCAAUAAUACCGUGGUAGCUUACCUACUUAGCCAUGGCAACGCUUCGGCUGCCGAAAUGACGGAAUGCAAUCGGGCCAGCUCUCUCUUAUUCCUUCUGCUCAUGUUUGGCACUGUAUGGAUCGGUGUCUCCCUUUACAACUUCAACAAAACGCCGUAUCUACAAGCCGGGAAACGAGAAGCUUUGGCCGACUAUUCCCUGCCCGUGGCCGUCAUCACGCUGAGCUUUGUCGGGUCUUACCUCUUCCAAGAUGUGACGGUAGAGCGGUUCCGAUACGAUGAUAAAAACGUUUUCAUGGUGGCACCACUCGAACGGCUCUCUUGGUUGGCUGUGCUGGCAGCAAUGGGAAUGGGAUUUUCCUUGUCGCUACUCUUCUUUAUGGAUCAGAAUAUCACGUCGGCGAUGGUCAACAAUCCAUGCAACAAGCUAAAAAAAGGUCCUGCGUACCACUGGGAUCUGUUUGUGGUUGCGCUGGUGACGGCUUUUCUUUCCAUAUUUGGAUUACCAUGGAUGCAUGCGACGCUGCCGCAUUCGCCAUUGCAUGUCCGUGGCCUGGCUGACGUCGAGGAAAGGGUCGACCAAGGUCACGUCUACGAAAUUAUUGUCAAAGUACGCGAAACGAGAUUGACGGGCAUGAUUUCGCACUUCUUCAUCGGCCUGUCGCUCUUCCUCCUGCCCUAUCCGUUGGCUUACAUUCCGACGGCCGUUUUGGACGGCUUAUUCCUCUACAUGGCCGUCACGGCUCUCAACGGAAAUCAAAUGUUUGAGCGCAUUACUCUCCUCUUCAUGGAACAGGCCGCUUAUCCGCCGAAUCAUUACAUCCGGCGAGUGCCGCAGCGCAAGAUCCAUCAGUUCACCGGGUGUCAGGUGACGCAGCUGCUGGUCAUGUGUCUCUUCGGCUUCGCACCUUGGGCCUACAUGAAGAUGGUCUUCCCGCUCAUCAUUCUAUUCCUUCUGCCCGUCCGGCACCGGCUCGUCCCUCAACUCAUCGAAGCUCGCUUCUUGGAAGCGCUCGACGGAGAACACCAGUAAAGGAAAUGAUGGAAGCUAAAUGGUGUUGUUCUUUCUCUUUCUUUCUUUUUCUCUUUAUGAAAAUGUUAGAACCCAAACUAGUUUGUUAUCUCGAUUACUUUCAUUCAUUCCUUUCCUACACAAUUUUACUUGAUAACAUUUAACGAAUACGAUUCAGUCUCAUUUUGACACUCAUUUUUUUGUUUUUACUAACAAGAUAUUUAGAAUGGUUUUUAUACAACCGUAUUAGUCGAGCAAUUAAAAUGAAAUACUUAACGUAACGAUCGAUUUCUUGUGCAAUAAGAAGAAGUGCAUUUAGUCGCUCCGAUGUGGUGAAAGCAUCCGACCCUCCUCUAGCUCUUUUCUUUUUUUUUUUUUUUUUUUUUUCCUAUCUCAAACGCUCGUUAUUAUUAAACCGUCAUUAUACGGAUAUUGCUGGUUAAAAAUUGUUUAAGGCUAGCAUCGCUAGGUUGAAUGAGGAUGAGUGUGCAAUACGGAACUAUUAAAUUUGUUUUCAUUUUCUCCGAUUCUAUUAAAUCGUUUAAUGCGUCCAUGUAGUCAAUGUUUGUUACACACGUUCGUCAAAGCGGCCGUAUAUAUGUAAAUAACGAACAUAUGUAUACAUUUAACCACCAAUAGUAUUCAUUGUAGACCGUCUCCCAAUUGGUUUCACUCAUUUUACGAUAAUUAUGAUAUUAAGAUUUGCUCUGAAAGUGAUUUUUAAAGUUUGUCAUGUCGAGUGCGGGUUACUUGCGGAAUGAAUUAUUACAAACAGAGCUUGUUAUCGCUUUGAA